AUGAGCCAGUCUCGACAUGUCUCCCUCUCAGCCUACAUUGUCACUCCCAAAGAGCUCUCGGAUGCAAUGAGCAAGAAUGUUCACAGCAAGAUAUCCACAGCUCCCCGAAUAGUCCCUAUCUGCGCAUCUUGGUUCCUACCAAACGAUCCAGGGAAAAGAACGGGCCGUCAGGUAUUCAACGAGCAGAGAAUAUCGACUUCUCGCUUCUUUGAUCUUGAUGGCUGUAAAGACCAUGACUCUGUCUACCCACAUAUGCUGCCGACAGCACAAGACUUUGCAAGGGCAAUGGAGGCGAUUGGGAUCCGCAAGGACGAUGAAGUAGUCGUCUACGACUCGAAGGAACUAGGUCUUUUCAGCGCACCAAGAGUGGGAUGGACAUUCAGAGUAUUUGGGCAUCCAGCCGUACAUGUCCUCAAUAAUUUCAGACUAUGGGUAGAUCAAGGGUACCCAACAGAGUCCGGUGAAAUCGAGACAGUUGUGAAAGAGAAGAGCAAGUACCCAGUGCCCUCAGUGAACCCAGAUAUGGUGGUCAAAUUUGCAGAAGUGAAGGACAUUGCGAAAGACUAUGGCAAGGAAGGUGCAGACGGUAUUCAGAUAUUAGAUGCAAGAAGUUACGGACGGUUCGCGGGCAAAGAAACAGAGCCAAGACCAGGACUGCCAAGUGGGCAUAUUCCAGGCAGCAUCAGUAUUCCCCAUUCUGAGCUACUGGACUCGAAGACUGGAGCAUUACUGUCUGGCGAAGAACUGCGAAAGAUCUUUGAGGGGAAGGGUGUGGACCCUGAUCAGCCGAUAAUAACCACAUGCGGGACCGGCGUCACGUCUGCAGUCAUUGAUGCAGCCCUAGCGGAAGCAGACUUUGGGAUGGUAGAAGAUAGAAGGUUGUACGAUGGUAGCUGGACCGAGUGGGCCCAGCGAGUGACCGAUAAAGCGCGGUUCAUUCACCAAUCAUGA